UCGUUCGGCAAGAAAUCACCAGAAGCGACGACCAUUGAAUCAGACUCGACUUACGUUUUCUGUGACUUCCAAUUUUUUAAAUUUUUCAUUAAAUGAUAUUAUUUAUUAUGAUCAAUUAAAAUAAUAUAAAAAUUGUGUAUAUAUAGCUGAAGAAAAUUCAGAAGAAGCAACAGAAAGUCCUUUCACUUUCCCUGUCUUUUGAGUAUUGACUGUUUCGAAUCCCUGCUCUUGUUGAGUGUUAGCAAUUCGGGGAAGCACCGUAGAAGUGGAUUGACCCAGCACUGCACGGGUUCGUAGCUGAAGAAAAAGGUUUGGGAUGGGUUGUGACUUUUCCAAGUGCUCAGCAUGCUGCUGCGUUGCAGAUCAAGGUGGUCAGGUUCCUGAGACUCACAUUGAUGAAAAUGAAGACAACAUUGAGGGCAACGGCUUGCCCCCGUUUCGUGAAUACACAAUUGAUCAGCUUAGGAAGGCUACGGCUGGAUUUGCUGUAGAAAAUAUAGUUUCCGAGCAUGGAGAAAAGGCGCCAAAUGUGGUCUAUAAAGGGAAAUUUGAAAAUCAAAUGCGAAUUGCUGUCAAACGGUUCAACAAAUCAGCCUGGCCAGAGGCACAGCAAUUUUUGGGAGAGGCCAGGGCUGUUGGUCAGCUACGGAACCAAAGAUUGGCAAAUCUGAUUGGAUGUUGCUGGGAUGGUGAUGAGAGGAUGCUUGUUGCAGAAUAUAUGCCUAACGAAAAUUUGGCGAAGCACUUGUUCCAUUGGGAAACUCAGCCCAUCAACUGGGCAAUGCGACUGAGAGUUGCUUUACACCUUGCCCAAGCUCUGGAGUACUGUACCAGCAAAGGACGUGCACUAUAUCAUGAUCUAAAUGCUUACAGAGUUCUUUUUGAUGAUGACUUCAAUCCUAGACUUUCAUGCUUCGGUCUCAUGAAAAACAGUCGAGAUGGGAAAAGUUACAGUACAAAUUUGGCAUUUACUCCACCUGAGUAUCUGAGGACAGGUAGAAUUACUCCAGAGAGUGUAACUUAUAGCUUUGGUACCCUUUUGCUUGACCUUCUCAGCGGAAAACAUAUUCCUCCAAGCCAUGCCCUUGACCUGAUUAGGGACAGGAACUUUCAGAUGCUAGUCGACUCUUGUUUAGAAGGACAAAUUUCAAAUGACGAGGGAACUGAAUUAGUGCGUCUAGCUUCACGAUGUUUACAAUCUGAACCGGGAGAGCGUCCUAAUCCAAAUUCGUUGGUCACUGCCCUAAUCCCUCUACAGAAGGAUUCUGAGGUUCCUUCUCACGUGCUGAUGGGUAUACCAGAUGGUACUUCUGUGUUUCCCCUUUCUCCUCUUGGGGAAGCUUGUCUACGAAUGGAUCUGACUGCCAUACACGAGGUGAUGGAGAAAAUUGGGUAUAAAGACGAUGAGGGUGCAGCAACUGAGCUUUCAUUCCAAAUGUGGACCAACCAGAUGCAGGAAACAUUAAACUCGAAGAAGAAGGGGGAUGCUGCUUUUCGUCAUAAGGACUUUAAAUCUGCAAUUGAUAGCUAUACUCAGUUCAUUGAUGUUGGAACCAUGGUUUCUCCGACAGUUUAUGCACGUCGUAGUCUGUCUUAUCUCUUUAGCAAUAUGCCAGAUGAAGCACUUAAUGAUGCAUUGCAGGCGCAAAUAAUAUCCCCUGUUUGGUACAUUGCAUCUUAUUUACAAGCUGUUGCUCUUUUAGCACAGGGCAAGGAGAAUGAGGCCCAAGUGGCACUUAAAGAGGGUUCUUCGCUUGAAACUAAAAAGAGCACAAAUUAGUUGGGGUCGUUAGCCAAAUCUUGUUUUCCUUUUCCUGAAGAUAACUUACAUAGAACACGUGCUGGUUUCUCAUUGUUUGGGCAAAUUGACAUGGGGCACCAGUUCCUUAAAGUUACAAUUGUGUUACAUGGAAUAGAGUGGUUUAUACUUGUGCAUGACUGGUUCAUUGGUUGCCUAGAAGCAUUCUUUUGCACAGACUAGAGUGACAGCAGAUUUAUACAGUAUCUAUAUGGUCUGGACUAUGUUUGUAUAAAGAGCAUGGGAAGAAUUUAAGAAACCUUUGUAAUAGAGUUGUAUUUGUAAAGGUUUCACAUGCCAGUUUAUGUCGGCAUUUCUUGGGUAAAUAGCAAAUGUUGUUGUUGUGCUUGUAAUUUAAUGUACAGAACAAUUGGGUAUGAAAUAGGCUGUUUUUGUAUGUUAUAUUGAUUUU